UCAUAUUUCAGUAUCCUUCGUUCGUGCAAAGUGCACAUUCUGUUCAUGUCUGGCGAAGGUUUUCGUUUUUAGCGGUUUAAGGAUGGCUAUAUUUUUUCACAAAGACGUUCGCGAACUUCUCGAAAACAAGAAGUUAAUUGUUAUUGGCGACUCCAUUCAGCGCUCUGUUUACAAAGAUCUCAUUUGCUUAUGGACACAGGAAGACAGCCGCUAUUUGUUCCAGAAAGAACUGCGCGCAAAGGGCGAACUGGCGUUUUUGGGAGACAAAUUGCUCCGUGGCGGAAAGCUUGAAGGCAAAAUGGUGAAUGGUACUGGGUACAGGGAAGUCCGAGAAUUUUCAGACGGAAAAGUAUCUUUCAAAUAUUACUUUGUUACUCGGUCCUACAGCGAACACAUGGAAUCAAUUCUGAAUGAGCUAAAAACAUGUCAGCCAGACGUUAUUGUUAUGAAUUCGACGUUUUGGGACUUGCAUCAUUAUGGAGAUAAUAACUUGGAGCAGUAUAAAGCGAACUUGGAGAAGCUUGUGAAGGAAAUAUCUGAAAAUUUUUCUUCCAGUUUGUUGUUCAUUUGGAACGCCGCCCUUCCGCUCGCAGACAGAUGUAAGGGCGGCUUUCUUCGCAAGGGAUUCCUCACCAUUCCGAUUGAUAAGAUCAAAACGGCGAACAAAUGCGCUUGGCUAGCGACUACUGGCCAAGAGAAUUCACAGAAGAAAGUCUACUUGGAUUUAUUCACCGAACUGAAAGACAAGGAAAAUUUCACGCAGGCAGAAGAUGGUAUUCAUUGGGGGAUGCGUGCACAUCGAAAGAUUUCAAAUUUGAUUUUGACAGAAGUCUGCACGGCAUGGAACAGAAAGAUCCCUGAUCCUCCCUCGCAAUUACCAUCUAACAAGAGGAGCUCUUCACCUGUGCUUUGGUCUCAAUUCUACCCUGAUAAUGACACUUGGUCCCCAGUAUCCACCUCCACUUACAAUGAUUAUGAUGAACUGGAGUACUGGAAUUAUGUGCCUCAGUACUGGGGUUCACCGUCGUAUGACCGCUACCAAACUCCUUCCCCUCUGCUAUCUAGAGGUCCUAGUUUUUAUGGAAGUGGUUGGAGUAACCUAGGGUGGAGUUACAAUGCCCCCUAUGGGUAUCACAUGGGUAGAACCAGCGAAUACCAACCCUCGCCCCCUGCGCCAUAUAUAUUUCCGAGGCAGUAUCUCUCGUUAGGAAAUAUGCAGUUUAAUUUCUCUUCACCUUAUGGGCCCUACUAUCCUGAGAAAGUUCUUUUCAAACCUGCCUAUUCUGAACCCCUUCCUCUCCGAUCCUCUGGUCAAGGAUUGUUACCAACCCCCCCUGGACCUCCAUCCUAUGCCUAUUUCAAUGAAGGUGAUAGGUACAGAGAUCGUUUUAAGAAAUUAAGUAACCCAAGAGCACGCAGAUUUAAGCCUAGUGCUACCACCACAAGCACUCCACUAAGCACUAAAAGCCACACCACACAUAGUACUCCCACUGAAACACCUAAAAGCUCCCUUAGUACUGACCACAACACAAACAGUGCUGCUGCUAGCAUUACUGGUAAUUCUUCUGAUCAUAAUAAUAACAAAGAGGAGAUUGAAUCUGUUAGUGAGUCUUGCUUAAAGUCAUGUAGUGAUUCUGAUGCUGUAGAUGUAGGGACAGAGUCUGUUGAGAAAUCUAGUGAAUCUACCAUUGAUAGUGUUAGUGCAGGGGGGAGUGUUGGUGGUUCUGAGACACAACAAAAUGAUGUCGCUCAACAAGAUGAGAAUGCCAUGAAACCUGGAAUGAAAAGAAAGCGUGAAGAUGAUGAGGAGUCGUCAAAUCCUUCCAAGAUUGCUCGUGAGGAAACCACUGAUGUGCAGAGAAGUGGACUGAAAAGGAAACUUGAAGACAUUGAAGCUGAAGAGGUUACAGAGCCAUUGGUGAGUGAGCAAGCAAACAGCAGCACUAGUGUUGUUAAUGGUGCAGUUCCAUGUGAGCAAAAGAGAAGUCGUAAAGCUGAUGUGACAGAGAAUCCAAAUCCUCCGCUUGUAAACGAAGACUCAACCUCAACAGAGAACAGCGAAAAACUUUCAGCAGAAGACUGUCCUGACAAACCCACCUCUUCAGGCCUUAACCUUGUGAGACAUGAUGAGGUCCGGUGUGCUUUGACUUAUGAUAGUUUUAUCUGAACAUUUCACACAUUUUUAUUAUUAAGAUGAUUUAUUUGUAAGUGCCUUAAGACUAGUUGAGAUAUUGAGGAAGUUUGGGUACUAAGUCUUAGAGUAUUUUGACCCAGCCUAUUGCACCUUCAGUCGUUUUCAUCACUGAAGUCCUUGUACCAUGUAACAAAGACAACGACUUUUUGUGAACCAAAGUUACUCAUUUGGUUAUUGUCUUAUUUCGGUGCCAGGGAGGCUUAGGUUUAUAUUUUAUAGCAUAUUUAGUCAAAACUGUUUAAGUUGUGAAAUGCUACAGUUAUGACCAAUACCUUCUGCUAGGAACCUCUUGAAUGGUGAAAAGAGUGUUCUUUUUCUUGUUGGACCAAAUUGUUUUUUUCAUCCAUUUUUUCUAUCCAAAAUUAUUAAUUUCCUUUGCUGCGUGGUGAUAAAUGUUCAAGAAGAUUAUGCAAAAGCUUUUGUUUAAAUCGCUGACAAAAGGUUUUCCCAAAAAAUUAAAAAUAUCACUGGCAAAACCCAGUUCAUGGAUUUUGGAUCUUACAAGGUUAAACAUGUGAUAUAGACUUUUCGCAUAUUGGCAUCUCAUGUAAUGUAAAUACAAACUUUAAUAGUUGACUGUUAAUAGUUAAUUUGUUACUUUUCUUGUUAAUGUUCAAGUAUCACUUAUUUGUACAUUUAUAUCAUUGCAAUUACUUGGAAAAUAUUUAAAGUUAUCUUGCUGGGUAUCAAGCAUUGUAAAGAUAGUCUAUUUUUAUCAAUAGUAUUAUAUUGAGAAUAAUAAUUAUUUUACUUAAGAGUAAAUCCCUCCAUUACAUGAGUAUUUAUAAGAUUAAUAUUAUACCUUUCCAAGUUGAUGACUUGAGUUGAUGAUUGCAGUAUUAUUUUGAUCUUGAAAACCUGAGGAGAUGAUGAUAUAAUGUUGAUAUCCUGGCUGUAAAUACAUUUAUUAUUGUGUUCACCUCGAACAAACUGUUCUUUUGAGAGUCUUCAACUGAACUUGGAUGCAGUCAGAAAUAACAUAUCGUUGGUUAGCAUUUCAUCCAAAUCUUGGCUAUUUAGAGUUAUAGAAUGCCUUUGUCUUGAAAGUCACUGUUGACAGUUCCUCACUUUGCUGGUAGACAAAUUUUUUUUAAAGUUUCUCAUGCAAUCAAAAUCGGGAUUUUAAUGUCAUCUCAAUUUGUCUAGUCUUUAAUUAAGUCUCUAAGAUGAAAAUGUUGUUAACUAAAUCUAAAUUAAUGUGUAGUUAUGUGGAAUUCCUUUACAGCCAUGCUCUGUCAUGUUCUGGCAGUCUGCUUUGAAACUUGGAUGGUGUUUUUACUUUUCAAAUAAUAAU